AUGCAGGCAUAUAAAGGCAGAGCUGGGUCUUCCCCCAGGGCUCAGUCUGGGACAGCCCCGGCAGUUUUGGGCUGCCGCAUGGAAGACAGCGCCAAGCACGUCCAGCCCAUCCCACUCCCAGCUAUGCAGCAGAACUUGAACUACGUGUACCCCCAGAUCUUUUGGGUGGAUGGCUGUGUGAACACAAGUACUUCCUGCCCCCCGGCAUCCCCCGUCGCUCCUUUCCCACCACCGGUUCCCGAUCGGAGGAGAAAGCCAAGGAACAACAGGGAAAGGAGGAGCGUUGGCUUCCUGGUGGUUUCCUUGCUGAUCCUGCUGGCCCUCACUGGAGUGGGGCUGAGCAUGUUCCAGAUCUUCCACCUGGAGAAGGAACUGGCUGAACUCAGAGAGGCUGCCAGCACUGAACACAUCCCUCCAGCUCUGGAGAAACUCAUAGGGCAGAAGGAGCAGUCGAUGAAAAAGGAAGCAAGGAAGGCAGCACACUUAACAGGGAACCCAGACCAGCGGGAUCUCCCUCUGGAGUGGGAACCCAUCUCUGGCCAUGCCUUCACCAAUGGCAUUCAAUACCGUGAUCAGGGCCUCAUCAUCAACGAGACCGGCCUGUACUUUGUGUACUCCAAUGUGCUCUGCAGUGUCUGCAGCAGCCAGGUGUUGACCCACAUUGUCUACAAGAAAAACCCAGCCUCGCCGGGCAGCCACGUGCUGAUGGAGGACAAAGGCAUCAACUUCUGUACGGGUCAGAAAACAUGGGCCCGAAAAAGCUACCUAGGGGCUCUAUUCAAGCUCAGGAAGAUGGACAGUUUGUAUGUCAACGUCUCCAAAAUUGCUCUGGUUAACUUUGAGGAAUCCAAGACAUUCUUUGGCUUAUUUAAGCUUUAAAUGGGGCUGUUGGACCAUGGCUGGCAGACUCCCCCCACACACUAGGAC